AGACAAGUUUCCCAUGAAAAGGUAAGAAGCACUAACGCCACUUCCCAAAGUUGGAUGAUGCUAGAGAUGAGGAGAAGACCCAAAAAACAAAACCAAAACGCCACGUCUCUUGUGGUUUUCAUUCAAUAAUACACCUCUUGUCGGUGGCCGAUGGGUGAGAACAGAGAAAGACCCUUUUAUUAUUAUUGAAGUCCAAACAACAUACAAGCAUGGAACAAGAUCGAAGGUUUGAGCUCAUCGACCAAGCAAUUCAGAAGCUUGUACACGACAACACCAACAAAGUCCAAGAAUCCCUCCAUAACAAUGAUGCUCAAUACCAACACCCUCUUUCCCACCUUCUCUCUGUCUCUCAGUUGAAAAUGUUGAAAGGAGAAGAGAUACUUGAGCAAUUCGAAGCUUCUAGUUCUUCUGAGCCGGUGGCUUCUAUAACUCAGGAAACAGAAAGUGAAAAUGAGGAUGCUGGGGAAAGUAAGGGAAGUGAAAAUGAUGAGAUAAUCAAAGAACUGAAGAAGUUGAAGAGGCAGAACUUCGUGACUCAUUGUCUUCUUUCGGUGAUGAUUGUUCUCACUGUGGCUUGGCAACUAUCGGAGGUUUCUCUUAUUUUGAAAGUCAAAGAUGGAAUAAGCCACCCUUUUAGAUCAUUUGGAAAUAUGCUCAAAGGGAUGGUGAAAGUCCCUAACAUGAAUGGCCAGGAAGCUGAUGACAAAGAACACCCAUCUGAAUCUCCAUCCAUUCCUUCAAUGAUCAUUCCAAAUAUGUCUCAUAAUGGAAACUAGUGAAACUUGCCAUUUUCUUGUGGUGUUUAAUCUAUUCUAAAUUGGUUGAAAGUAAUAUAACAAAGGAAAUGACCUUUGCAAGUGCGGACAGGCGUUGUGUCUUAUUGUAGCACACUCAUGAAUCAUACAUUACCAUUGUAUCCAAUUUGCCAUAUUUCUCCUGUAGAUUUAGACGGGAACUGAUAGGAAGCAAGACCUUCAUGUCAAAGUCACUUGGUUUAGAAUCUUAAUCGGAUUCUGCACGUAGUAAGAAAAAUCCAAAUUCCCUGAAAGUCAAAUAGGUUUGUAUCUUUAUUUUGAUUUUUUUAUUUUACAUAGCCUUAUUAUUUUGUGGUUGGCGUAGGUUAGUCAU